GGUGGAGUGGGUCUUUUGAAGCCGCACACAACCACAGUCCCUGAAGGAAGAAGAAGAGGAAAGAAUCUGUAGUUUGCAAUGCAUUUUAAAUUAAGUUAAUUACAAUUAGGCUAAAUGUUAGAUUUGUAUAAUUAGCACUGUAAUGUAAAGUUUUAGCUUUUAUACAUCUAUCUGUCAUGCAGGUUCCGCGGAUCCGCGCUGCGCGUAAAAGCGAGUGGCUCAAAUGCGCGCUCACGCACCAUUUCAGCCCAGACCCCUGCGUGGAAAACGAGGUCGUGGUUUUGGCCACCGGUGUGGACCAGUAUCUCCAGGAGGUGUUUCAUCACCUCGCCUUUCACAACGGUGAUGAUCUCGUCUCGGACGAGGACUUUAGGAGUCUGUGUUUGAUUUUGGGAAUCCCCGCGAGCGCGGAGACUGAGAACGGCACCCCAGAGUAUAACCACCGGGAUAUUUGCAAUGGACUUCCUCGUGUGCUUAACUUUAAAGAUUUCCACGCACGACUGUGUGGAUUUUUCUCGUUAAAAACGCAAGAAGGACACCCGGGAUUCCGACUUCCAGUCAGCGAGGAGACCGAGCACAUCGAGCGGGAGAUCAGACUUCGGUGUCCCCGCGUCCGGAGGAGAAAGUGCGUCAGUUUUGAUCUGUCUGCCGACCAGCAGAGCCGGAAAAGGUCAGUGAGAAGAUCCGGACCCUCUCAGAAUUCGGAUCACUUGCAGAGUUCUGCUGUGGAAACGCAGAGAAACUCAGUGGAUAUUAACCCUCAAAAGAGAUGGCAGGACCAGCUAGAGCUGGAGAACGCCAGUCUGCGGGAGCUGGUGGAGGACUUACGCUCAGCCCUCCAGAGCAGCGACGCGCGUUGUUUGGCACUGGAGGUGGCAUUACGCCGAAAAGACGUGCCGUCCCAACAUUCUGCUGGAGGAACCCCUGAAAGACAAGACUGCAAAACAACAAAACGACAAUCCAAACACCUGGAAUGGGACUCCAGAAGAAGCAAUAAAGACCUCCUACGAGAGCUGGAACUGAUCCGUGCUUCACGUGAUGGACAGCUGGAGGAAGCCAUGAGGUUUAACCAGAGGUUAGAGGAAGAGCUGAUGGCAGCUUAUGGAGAGAUUAGCAGGAUGCAGGAGAUGCUGGACAGCGUCCGGACUGAAAACACACGGAUUAAGAAGAGGACGGAAGAGGUCAGAGAGUCACUGGCCGCAGGGCUGAAGGGUGUGAAGGCCUUAAAAGAGCAGGCUCAACAAGCGGACAUGCUCCGAGAACAAGUCCAGAGUCUGGAGAGCCAGCUGGAGAAGCUCAGGGUCCAGUGCACCUGCACAGAGUUGAAUAUGAACAAAAUGGAAAUAGCUGAAUCAUGUGGCUCUGAAGUUUCCUCCCCUGUCAGUCAAGAUGAUUCCAGAAGAGAAGAAGACCUGCAGAGGUCAGUCGAGGGUCGGGCAGCAUCCGAUGAGGAAGAGGAGGAGAGGGGAAUGGAUGAAGGACAGUGCUGCCACCUGGAGGUGAAACGGCUGAUCAACAGAUUGCACAGCUGUGCUAAAGGGUGUCAGAAAGCUGCUAUCUGUAACUGGCUUGUCUCUCAGAGCAAAGAAACCACAGCACGCGUGUGGAUUCCUCAAGCGGAUGAGAAGGGAAAUGAAGUGGGAAAGAUGAAGCAGAAAGAGCUGGAGAGUUUGAGAGUUUAUCAUUCACUGCUGGAGGAGAGACUGACUGACACACUCACUUUACUGCUGCAGAUCCCACAUAAAAGAGUCUCUCGCAGGAUCUUGGGGAAAAUACUGAUCAACACACUUGAUCUGUGCACUAGAAAAAGCCGCGACUGCACUCCGGUGGUUCAGGUGGUGGACACACUGUGCCGGCAGCUCCUCUCUAGUGACCUCCUAGAUGGAGGAGAGGAGGUCAGCGUGGGGUCACGACCUUCUGUGACCUCAGGUCACCGAAACACAUCCAACCCCCUUCUGAUGUCCUGCUGAGAGCUCACAGAUGCCCCACUUAAGACACUUUCCAUGAGGGUACAAAUUGGCAUUUAAUUAUUUUUUGUACUUUUUAAUGUGAAUUAGUACCAAAGUUAAAUGAUCAAACAAAUAUUUUUUCAAUAUUUUAUAAGAAAUGAGUAACAAAACAACAUAUUACCUAUUGUGGGUUACUUGUAUUAUUUAUUUUGAAUUUUAAAAAAAUCAUAUUUAUUUACUAAUAUUUAUGUUUGGUUAACACUAAUUACUAGAAAAUAAUAAACACCAUAAAUCACGAUUUUAAAGCAACUUUAUGUUCGUUUUUUGGGGUAGUGAUGGGCGCUUUUAAAACACUGCUUUGAAUACUUUGUGAAUCGUUUUUUUCAAAUUUCAAAGUUUAAAGUGCAUAAGUUAUGUGAUUUCAGUAAACAAUGCUUCAUUACAUCACAACUGGACGACAUAUACAGUUAAUUAUUUUACCAAAAUAAGAGAGAUCAUACAAAAUUCAUGUUAUUGUUUAUCUAGUACUGACCUGAAAAAGAUAUCUCUAAUAAAAGACGUUUGCAUAUAGUCCACAAGAGAAAAUAAUAGUUGAAUUUAUAAAAAUGACUCUGCUCAAAAGUUUACAUACGCUUGAUUCUUAAUACUGAUCAGGGUAAAUUUAACUUAUUUUGUCACUGGGGAAACAUGUAAGUAUCUUCUGUAGCUUCUGAAGGGUUGUACUUAAUGAAAAAAAAUAUGAUAUUUAGGCAAAAUAAGAAAAAUGUACACAUCUUCAUUCUGUUCAAAAGUUUUCACCCCCUGACUCCUAAUGCAUUGCGUUUCCUUCUGGAGCAUCAGUGAGCCUUUAAACCUCCUGUAAUAGUUGCAUAUGAGUCCCUCAGUUGUGGAUCAUUCAGGCAACAACACAGUAUUAAGAAUCAAGUGUAUGUAAACUUUUGAACGGGGUAAUUUGUAUAAACUAUUAUUUUCUCUUGUGGACAAUAUGUAAACGUCUUUUAUAUAAAAUAUCUUAUUCAGGUCAGUACUAAAUAAAAAAUAAAAUGCAUUUUGCAUGAUUCCUCUUAUUUUGGUAACUAACAUUUUGCAGAUUCUGCAAGGUCUAUGUAAACUUUUCACUUUAACUGUACAUUUGCAUUCAUUUAUUUAGCAGAUGGUAAUAGUUUAUAGUCUCUGGAUUGAUAAAAAGAACACAUAUUAUAGCAUUAGAUAUUAAACUUUCAACAAAACAUUUGCAAUGUGUUCGCAAAAGCUGUUUUUAUGCAUGCUUGGCCUGAGUUUUUGUUGCAUUUACACAUUCUGCAUCUACACGUGUGGAGUUUCGAACAUUUAAAAACAGCGAAUCAUUUGCGAAGCAGUUGGUUCAAAUGAUUCAAAGCUUUGAAGAGGUUCGUUCGUCCUGUCGCUAGUUAGUGUGUGGUUUGUAAGUUUAGUAAGCAGGUACAAAAAUACGCGAAAAGAGUGGAUUUCUUUACAGCAGCAACAAAUGUACCUGUACAGCCGAAGACUUAAAAUAUAUCAAGACGGUGCACUAACAUUAACUUAUGAAUGGGAGACAUUACAGAAUAAGUAUUGCCUUCAAAAUAAAAGAGGCAAUGCAAAAAAAUACAUAAAGUUGCUUUAAAAUGUAUUGACAUGUUCAAAAUUGUGGUAAAUAUUGCAGAAAUGUCAAAAGUCAUAUAAAAUAGGCCUAAAUUUAAAAAACGAAACAAUGUUUAGUAUAACAUAAUAUUUACAAAAUAUUUGGUGUGGCCUCUCAAGGUGGAUAAACAUCACUUUCUCAUCUUUUUUUACUCUUUUUACAAAACAAAGAAUUGAAUUUAAAGGUUUCUUGUUCUAUUUUGUACCCUAUUUCUAUAAAGUGUCUUAAACUGUUCUUCUGUAAAGACCAUGAGGCCAUUUCUAGCUUUUAGACUUGUCCAAUCACAUAUACAGCUUUCACAUUAUAGGACGCUUUAUAUGUGUAUAUACUGUCAUUUCUCCGCGAAGCACUUAAUCUGCGUGAAAAACAUUGUGCUCUCAUGUGACCCUCAUACAAAAUAAUUUUUAACAGUUAUAUUUAUGCUAUUAAAUAAUGUCUGUAUAUUUGAUAAGAUUAAAAAUAAACCUUUUUAAAAAGAUAUAAGCAUAUUUUUGUGCAUGUUCAUGUGGAGGUGAAUGUGUGACUGAUAUCUGAUAUCUGAAUGUCCCAGUAACUCAUGAUGUCAGUCCAUGUGACAUGGUGUCACAUUUCCAUUCCCGCUGCUACAGUGUGUCGCUCACUGAGAGGAGGACAAGAUGAGACAAUGUGACUCCUUAUGAAGAGAGUUCAGGGAGUCAUACAUCUGAUCACAUACUCAAGAUAGACCAGUUUUUACUUGGAAAAACAAAAAAACAAAACACUUAAUGUGAUUUUUUAUUAUCUAAUUGUAAAUGUAAUUUAAUUUACAUAUUUUUUAACCCUGUAAAG